UAAACACGCAGAGGAGUAGAGGACAGAGUUUUUGAAAAUAAAGAGAGAGAGAGAGAGAGAGGCCUUUUCGAAAGUUGUAGAAUUCAAAAAAUAUGGGAGAUGUCAUCAUCAUAUACGUUGAGGAUGAGCACGAUUUCAAAUCAUGUUCAUCAUCAGUUUCGUCAGUCUGUAGGAUUUGCCAUGAAGAAGAAUCCAACAACUUGGAAUCUCCUUGUGCUUGCUCUGGAACUGUUAAGUUUGCGCACAGAGAUUGCAUACAGAGGUGGUGCAAUGAGAAAGGAAACACAACCUGCGAAAUUUGUCUCCAGAAGUAUGAACCUGGAUACACAGCACCUCCUCCAAAGAAGUCUCAGAUGGAUGAAUCAGCAGUAACCAUCAGAGAUAGCGUGCGGGUUCCUAGAAGAAGAGAGCAAGAUGAGGAAUCAGCAAGCCCCAGAUUAGAGAGGGUAUGCUCGUCUACUGCUGAUCGAAGUGCCAAUUUUUGUCGAUCACUCGCUCUCCUCUUUACGGUGGUUUUGCUUGUGAGGCACCUCUUUGUGGUGCUUACUGGUAGUGACGAAGAAUACCCCUUCGCCCUUCUUACUGUACUUAUUCUAAAGGCUAGCGGAAUUGUCCUACCUAUGUAUAUAUUAUACCGAACAAUCACAGCAAUUCAGAACAGCAUCCAUCAACAAUAUCAAUAUCAUUACCAGGAGGACUCCGAUGAUGAUGAUGAGACCUCAAACCUCGGAGAAGAUGACCACCACCAAGAAGAUGCCGAUCAUCAUCAACAAAGUGCAGUUUAAUAAAACACAACCAAGCCACACCUGUAAUUUUUUCAUUUUUUCCUUUUCCAUCUUGUAACAGAGCAUAUCACAUCAAUGCUCUCUCAUCUGAUGUCUUGAGUCUUGACAUAUAAAUGAAAAGAAAUAUCGAUUCUUUUUUUCUUUC